AUGUUGGAAAAUCAAGCUUUUAGUAUUAUACAUGCUACCAACAAUCUGUUCAUAGAUCUUCGAAGCGACGAGCUGGAAUUGACGCUUGGAGGAUAUCCUGUUCAUUGUCACUCCAACCCAGACUAUGAGAACAUAAAUAAUAUUGGAGAGAUUGAGAGAUACUUGCCGCUUAUUUACACAUAUGAAAGUAAUUAAAUUUAAUUAGAUCCCUGUGAUCAGUGAGGUCAGGAAGCUCGAAAAAGACUCGUAUGAGACUCGAAAAAACUAAACUCGAAACAACUCGCUCGAAAAAUCCCAAGCUGGACAAAUGCACCGUACGCCGGCUCGAAUCGAAAACGGCAGUCCUAAUUAUGAGGAUUAA